AUGGCAUCAACAUCUGCAGUUCAUUCACAUCUUUCUGAACACGAGAUUUGGUGGAGGGACCACUACAACUUUCUCAAAGAAAAAGGCUACAUGCUACGGGGUCGCUACAGUCCGGACUGGGUGCCCUCGUGGGCGACCACCAACAAAGAUCCCAUUGAUUGCGAGGAUGGAAUCAGGUCACCACACUAUCGUCUGCUGGAUGCACGGCGUACUCAUGAUGGCGCUCGCGUUUCACUGAAAUCUAUAAUCGUACCCAGACACCCUUAUGAGAUAGAAAUUGGUCGCUAUUUCUGUAGCUCACCUCAUAGUGAAGAUUUAGCCAACCAUUGCGUGCCAAUUUACGACGUUCUGGAGGUGCCCACCAAUAAUGAUAUUGCGAUAUUGGUCAUGCCGUUACUCCGAGAUGCCACGGAUCCUUUCUUCGACACGGUCGGAGAAGUUGUUGAUUGCCUUCACCAGCUUUUUGAGGGGCUACGCUUUAUGCACAGGCAUCACGUCGCUCACCGCGAUUGUAUGCAGCUAAACAUACUGAUGGACGGUAGCAUGUUCAUAGAUGCAUGGCAUCCAAGUGAACAAUAUAUGUCGGCAGACCUCAAACGCCCAGCCAGGCAUCGCACGCGCACGCAGUCGCCGCCACGAUAUUACUAUAUAGACUUUGGUAUCUCUCGCAAAUACGAGGCGUCGAACAUCGACCCAUUGGAAGAUCCGAUAUUUGGUGGGGAUAAAGACGUACCCGAGUUCAAGGAAGACAAUUUUAAACCUCGGAACCCUUUCCCAACUGAUGUUUGGUAUCUUGGGCAUGCCAUCCAAGAAACCUUUCUCGAUCAUUACACAGGCGUGGAAUUCCUGAGCGGUCUGGUAUCGGACAUGAUGCACUCAGAUCCAACGCAACGUCCGAACAUGGACGAAGUUUUUUCCCGAUUCCAGACUCUACGUCAGGGCUUCAGCGACUGGAAAUUACGUUCCCGGGUGGCUCAUGAUGAAGAGAGAUCUGUUUUUCGUCUUCUAACACACUGGGCCCGUCGCAUUCAGUACGUAGUACGCAGAAUUCCCGCAACGCAUACCUCGCUGUCAUAG